ACCGACGACAGCACCAUUCAAGGGAUAAAAAUUGAGAGUUCAUCAAGAACACAUACAACAAUUAAUCCAUCAUCAUUAAGGGUAAUUAAGAGGACUAUUGAAGGAUAAUCAAUGGCGUCUUCAUCUUCUACAAAUCAACAUCCUAUGAACUUCUCUUCAACCCCUUUGGUCGGUCAUACUGGCUUACUUUCCUCCAUUGAACCCCUUAAUGGGAUGAACUAUUCCUCAUGGAUUGAGCAAAUCAAAAUAGCACUUGGAGUGAUGGAACUAGACUUUGCAUUAAGGGUUGAUCGCCCUCCUCCCUUAACCGAUAAAUCUACGGUUGAGGAAAAACGUGUUAACGAUCAAUGGGAACGAUCAAACCGCAUGUCUCUAAUGAUCAUCAAGAACUCCAUUUCCUUAGCCAUUCGUGGAGCAAUCCCUGAUUCUGAAACGGCAAAAGGAUAUCUUAACUCGGUUGAGGAGCAAUUCAAAGGCACCUCUAAAGCCCAUGCUAGUACACUUAUCCUUAAAAUGCUCACAACUAARUACGAUGGAGUUAAUGGCGUACGUGAACACAUAUUGAUAAUGAAUGACAUGGCCAACAAACUUAAAAGAAAAAUGGAAGAUGAGUGA